AGCCCGCCGCGGCCACCCGCGCUGCCUGAAAAACGCUCGGGCCCCCUCUCCGCCCUCCCCGCCGCCUCCCCGCUCCUCUCCCACCCGCACACCCCCAUCCCACCCCACCGUUCUCUCUCCCAGCCUCCCUCCGCCCCGCUCGGCCAGCGGCGGGGCGGCGUUCCCCUCAGGCGCUCGCGGAGGGCAGCCCGGCAGUUGCGAGGCAGCGCGAGGCGGGGUCCUCCCCCCCUCCCCCCGCGCCCCUCCCCCUCUAUAAAAGCGCCGCCGCAGCCGGGCCCCGAGCGCCGCCGCCGCCAGCUCCCGUCAGCGCCCGCCGGACGCCGCCGCCUCGCGAUGCCUUCAAUUAAACUGCAGAGUUCAGAUGGAGAGAUUUUUGAAGUUGAUGUUGAAAUUGCAAAGCAGUCUGUAACUAUAAAGACUAUGCUGGAAGAUUUGGGAAUGGAUGAUGAAGGUGAUGAUGACCCAGUCCCUCUUCCAAAUGUCAAUGCAGCUAUUUUAAAAAAGGUGAUUCAGUGGUGCACCCAUCACAAAGAUGAUCCACCUCCUCCUGAGGAUGAUGAGAACAAAGAGAAAAGAACAGAUGACAUCCCUGUGUGGGAUCAAGAAUUUCUGAAAGUAGACCAAGGAACACUUUUUGAACUUAUCCUGGCUGCAAAUUACUUGGACAUCAAAGGCUUGCUUGAUGUCACAUGCAAGACAGUUGCAAACAUGAUCAAGGGGAAAACUCCAGAAGAAAUUCGCAAGACAUUCAAUAUUAAGAAUGACUUCACUGAAGAGGAAGAAGCACAGGUACGUAAAGAGAACCAGUGGUGUGAAGAGAAGUGAAGUAUUGUGCCUGACACUCGAACACUGUAAGGAUUGUUCCAAAUACUAGUUGCACUGCUCUGUUCAUAAUUGUUAAUAUUAGACAAAUGCAGCAGCAAAUGAAGUUGUGUUAGCAGGAUAUUGUUCCCUUUGCAUGUGUAGUGUUUUUUUGAGUAUAAAUUUAAAUCUUCUGAGUUUUUACUAGUGUAAUUGGAUGUCUUUUUACUUUACUCUGCAAUGAAUAAAACUGAUCUAAGUGUGGAUUCUGUAUGGGAAGUAGCACUUAAGGUUGUCAUUUUCAUUAUGCUUUUUAACUGUUCCAAGUCCAGUUACAAUCUUAAGCAUUGACUUCACCAUUGUAAAUAAAACCACCUAUGAUUUCUUCCUCAAGAACAAAACACUUACAGGGUAUUGAUAGCUUCAGAGAGGAAAAAAAAAAAACACCUAAAAUGUGUCUUGGGGAGCUACGUGAAGUUUGGAAAAAAAAAAAAGUUGCUGAUUUCUUCCAAAAGCAUUUUGGGAAUAUUAGUAUUACUUAAAGCUAUGUAACUUUAAAGGUUGUUCUUCUGCAUUUAAAAAAAAAAAAAAGAAAGAAAAAAAAUCUGUCCACUUUCUUGUCCUGUUAGUCUUGCCUGAUAGACUAGUGUAAGGUGUAAUCUGGGGCUAAGCAAGCUCCUGAGAGUUACAUUGGAAUACUUCAACCAUGUCUUGAAGACCUGCCUCUAGCUGUUAGCAAUUGGAGAGUGUGUUGCUUUAUGCACAGGACAGGUGUGUUUUUAUACUUCUUGCGAAAAGUGGAAUCCAGGUUUGACCAAAAAUGACUGACAUUACCAAAGUUAAUAUUAUUGACCUGUGCAUGCCAUUAGUGGCUGUUUUUAGGCAAUUUUAAACAGUCCUUGUGAUGUAGCUCUUUAAAACAUGGUUUCAUGUGUCCACAGGAAAUCCUUUUGCCUCUGUAUGUGAUACUUCAGCUUGUAGAGACUUAAUUAUUGCAUACAAAGCUAAUGCAGUAUCAAGCUUGACUUCUUUGGACAAAGCCACUUGCAACUAGUUAAACAGUAACUGGUUUCCUGAUUUUUAUUAUUUUUUUUUUUUUACAGUUCCCUUAUAGGGAGUAGGGGAUGGUUGUGUGGUAGAUCUUUGAGGUGUGCUCCUAGCUUGUAUUGCAUUCCAUUCUCUGUAUAAACCUUAGAGUAGAACGAACCUUAAUAAACAUACUUAACUCACUUUAAAUGUGUUUCACUUCUGAAUUAAUAAAGGGCUUUUAAACUUU